AUGGGGUCGACAAGUACACAGGAACGCGGCAUCCGCAUUGCUAUCGACAGAGGUGGCACCUUCACCGACUGCGUCGGUACUUUGAACGGGGAAGAUGUCGUGAUCAAGCUCCUAUCCGAAGACCCGGCCAACUACGAAGAUGCGCCGCUCGAGGGCAUUCGUCGCAUCAUGAGCCAUUUCCUCGACCGGGACAUUCCUCGCGGCGAGCCUCUCGACACGUCCAAGAUCGAUAGCAUACGAAUGGGCACGACCGUCGCAACCAACGCACUUCUGGAGCGCAAAGGCGAGCGCAUUGCCCUCGUUGUCACCAAGGGCUUCAAGGAUUGCUUAGCCAUUGGGAACCAGAGCAGGCCGAAGAUCUUCGACUUGGCGAUUCGUAAACCCGAUGUUCUCUACGAGGAGGUUAUCGAAAUCGACGAGAGGGUUACACUGGAGGACUAUGCAGAAGAUCCCCAAAGAUACUUGACAAAAGCCGACGCAAAGGCCGGAGGAGAAGGGUCAGCAAAAGCCGAUGUAGUAAUGGGACUCUCCGGCGAAGCCGUCCGUGUUUUGCGCCGGCCUGAGGACGAAGGCAUCCGGCUACAGCUCAAGGCAAUCCACGAUAAGGGAAUCAGAAGCGUAGCGGUUUGCUUGAUGCAUGGUUACACUUUCCCAGAUCACGAGGCUUUGAUUGGUAGAAUUGCCAAAGAGGUCGGCUUCCAGCACAUCUCGCUGAGUCACGAACUCAUGCCCAUGAUCAAGCUGGUCUCAAGAGCGACGAGCGUAUGUGCCGACGCAUACCUCACACCUGCGAUCAAGAAAUAUAUCUCCGGAUUCCAGAAAGGCUUCGAGGGUGGCCUGGGGACAAGGAGCGUGCUAGAUGAACAGGGCAGCAAAGGUGCCCGCUGCGAGUUUAUGCAGAGCGAUGGAGGGUUAGUGGACGUGGAAAAGUUCACAGGCUUAAAAGCGAUCCUGUCAGGUCCGGCGGGCGGAGUUGUUGGCUAUGCAAUCACGAGCUAUGAUGACGAGACGAAGGUGCCUGUCAUUGGCUUUGACAUGGGUGGUACUUCAACAGAUGUUUCGAGGUAUGGCGAAGGCAGAUACGAGCAUGUCUUUGAAACCACCACAGCCGGCGUCACAAUACAGUCGCCUCAGCUGGACAUCAACACCGUCGCCGCUGGUGGCGGAAGCCGACUAUUCUUCAAGAAUGGUCUAUUCGUUGUCGGUCCCGAAUCCGCUGGUGCACAUCCUGGACCAGCUUGCUACCGGAAAGGUGGGCCUGCCACCGUCACCGACGCCAAUCUGUUCCUGGGUCGUCUAUUACCCGAGUUCUUCCCCAAGAUCUUUGGAAAGAAUGAGGACGAGGGUCUGGAUGUAGAGGCCAGCAAGAAGGUCAUUCAAGAGCUUACAGAUCAGGUCAACAAGGAGACCGGCAAGAAUAUGACCCUCGAUGAGGUCGCGUAUGGCUUCCUGACGAUUGCUAACGAGGCAAUGACAAGACCCAUUAGGUCCAUUACUGAGGCGAAGGGGCACGAUUCAUCAAAACACAGACUAGCGACGUUCGGUGGUGCUGGUGGCCAACAUGCCGUAGCCAUUGCCGAGGCACUUGGAAUCAAACAGAUCCUCGUACACAGAUAUUCUUCUGUCUUGUCAGCAUAUGGUAUGGCCUUGGCCGAUGUCGUCGAUGAGCGACAAGAGCCGGAAUCCAAGGUUUGGCAAGCUGAAGGAGAGGCCGUCAAUGAGCUUAAAUCCAAGAUGGACAAACUCAAGGACAAAUCCCGACAGGCUCUGGAAGAUCAAGGUUUUACCGACGAGGAUAUUGUUUUCGAGGAGUAUCUCAACAUGCGAUAUCGAGGCACAGAGUCGGCGCUUAUGAUAAUUAAGCCUACUGGUGACAACAACACAAAGGAAUGGGACUUUGGCGAGGCGUUCGUCCAGCAUCAUCGGUAUGAAUUUGGUUUCACACUCGACGAAAGGGAUAUCAUCGUAGAUGAUGUGCGCGUCCGCGGUAUCGGCAAGAGUUUCAGAUACCAGGAUGAGACUGUCGAUAAGCAGCUCAAGAGCGUCAAGCGUCACAGUGCGGAAGGCAAGUCGGCUCACGGCCAGUCUCAGGUAUACUUCGAGGGCGGCAGGUUGGAUACCCCAAUCUAUAAGUUAAAGGAUCUGUCAAUUGGGGAUGAGAUCAAGGGUCCGGCUAUGUUGGCGGAUGGAACACAAACCAUUGUCGUCACCCCGAAAACCAAGGCACUGAUCCUGAAGACCCACGUUAUCAUUGACCUUCAGCAGGAAGGUAAAGAUGAUUCACAUAAGGAUUCCGAUAUGUCCAAACGGGAAGUUGACCCAAUCUUGCUCAGCAUCUUCGGCCACAGAUUCAUGGCUAUUGCAGAGCAAAUGGGCCGGGCUCUCCAAAAGACUAGUGUCAGCACCAAUGUCAAAGAACGGUUGGACUUCUCGUGUGCCAUCUUCGACGCAGGCGGUGGACUGGUAGCUAACGCACCACAUCUUCCUGUUCACUUGGGAUCAAUGUCGACAUGCGUACGUACACAGGCCAAGAUCUGGGAAGGCAAGUUGAAAAAAGGAGAUGUCAUUAUCUCAAAUCACCCGUCUUAUGGUGGUACCCACUUGCCCGAUAUAACGCUUCUGAUGCCGGCAUUCAAUGAAAAGGGCGAUAAGAUCCUCUUUUAUGCAGCAUCGCGGGCACAUCACGCCGACAUUGGAGGUAUCACGGCUGGUAGCAUGCCACCACACUCUAGGGAGCUGUUCCAGGAGGGUGCUGCGAUCAAGAGCGAGAAGAUUGUCAGCGAGGGAAAGUUUAAUGAGAAGCGAAUAACCGAAUUGCUGUACAACGAGCCGGCUCAGUAUCCCGGCUGCAGCGGCACAAGAUGCCUGGCAGACAACAUCAACGAUCUCCGAGCCCAAGUGUCGGCUAACCAGAAGGGAAUUUCGCUCAUCGAAGGUUUGAUUGAUGAGUAUGGUGAGGAUACGGUACAGUUUUACAUGGUCAACAUUCAGAAGAACGCAGAGAAAUGCGUACGAGAGCUUCUGAAGAAAGUCUCCAAGAAGUUCGAGGGCAAAGAUCUGUCCGCGGUAGAUUUCAUGGAUGAUGGGAGUCCCAUUCGCCUUCGCGUCACCAUCGAUGCCGAGAAAGGUGAAGCAAUCUUCGACUUUGACGGCACAGGCCCUGAGGUGUACGGAAAUGUGAACGCCCCGGAAGCUGUCACUUACUCAGCUAUCAUCUACUGCUUGCGAUGUCUCAUCUCGGAGGAUAUCCCUCUGAACCAAGGCUGUCUGAGACCUAUAAACGUCAAGAUCCCGCCAAAGUCGCUGCUUUCUCCGUCCACAGGGGCUGCGGUCGUGGGUGGGAAUGUUCUUACCAGCCAGCGUGUUACCGACGUUAUCUUCAAGGCUUUCCAGGCUUGUGCCGCAUCGCAGGGUGACUGCAACAACUUGACCUUUGGCUUUGGUGGUAAUGUCACCGGAGAGAAGGAAGUUAAAGGAUUUGGAUACUAUGAGACUAUUGCAGGUGGUUCGGGUGCUGGUCCAGACUGGGAGGGUACAUCGGGCGUGCACACACACAUGACCAAUACCCGCAUAACAGACUCGGAGGUGUUUGAGAGGCGGUAUCCCGUUCUCUUGCGAGAGUUUUCAUUGCGCAAGGGCUCGGGUGGGAAAGGACAGCACAAUGGCGGAGACGGUGUCGUCCGUGACAUCGAAUUCCGCAUACCUGUCCAGGUUUCGAUCCUCAGCGAGCGGAGAGUAUACAGGCCGUAUGGCCUCGCAGGGGGCGAGGACGCUCAGUGUGGUCUCAAUAUCUGGGUAAGGAGGGUGGCAAAGAGCAACCCGGAGAAGGACCUUGCCGUUGCGCAGGGACAUGCGACCUCGGAUAGCGCAGAUGUUGAGUAUGAAGAACGGUAUAUCAACAUGGGCGCCAAGAACAGCGCCCCAUUCAAAGCGGGGGACAGAAUAAUCAUCAACACUCCGGGAGGCGGCGGUUGGGGCAAGGUUGGAGAGAAGAAGGUCCAGCGGGACAUGAAGGACCACACUGACAGCUGGAAGAGGGGCAGCCAUGCCAAUCGUGAGGAGACUGCUUUGCAAGCAUAG